UUACCUUUUCACCCUUCGGAUCAGGUAUAUCUACAAAAAGCAAGGAAAAGUAAACGGAAGGGAGAGGGACGACGGCCACCCAAACAGAGGAGCUGUCCAUUCACAUUUCCCAGAACUGCAUUAUUCAGGGAUCGAUGUCCUGACAUUGCCCAACACACCACACUUCCCUUCUCCUUCCAGCAAACAGCAUCACACGCCCCAAGAUUUCCCUGAAUCUUCCCUCCUCUCCUUUCCUUCCCUUUUCCUCUCUCUCUCUCUCCUUUCUUUUCUUUUCUCUUUUCUUUCUUUUUGGUGGGAAUCAAUCAACCACCCAAAGACCCAAAGCUUCUUCAGUUUUCCAUCAAUCAACCACCAAAGACCCGAAGUCUUCUCCAGUUUUCUCUAUCCACCUUCUUACAACAAUAACCCCCCAAAAACCUCUCUCUCUCUCUCUCUCUCUGUCUCUCUCUCUCUCUCCACCACCCAUAACCCUGAAAAACUCUUUUCCGUAUUGCCAGUUCCUAUCUCUUUAUUUCAUCAUCACACCAAAAACACAAUUAACCUCUCUCUCUCUCUCUCUCUCCUUUUCGUUUUUCUGGGGGGAAUCAAUCAACCACCAAAGACCCAAAUCUUCAAUUUUCUCUAUCCACUUUCUUCUUGCAACAACAAAAACCUCUCCCUCUCUCUCUCUCUCUCUACAGAAAACAUCUCUUUCAUCAUCACACCAGAAACUCAACAACCUCUCUCUCUCUCUCUCUGAGCCAUGAAACUACAAGAAGCCCACCACCCUCUCCACCUCCUCUCCUCCCUCGAUUCACAGUUCCCCCACAUCCAAUCCUUCAAAUCCAAAUGGUCCACCAUCAAAUCCAAAAUCCCCACCCUCCAAUCCCACCUCUCCGACCUCUCCGAUUCCCCCUCCAAUCCCCUCUCCUCCGACCUCCUCCACUCUCUCUCACAAUCCCUCUCCGAUGCCAUCUCCCUCGCCACUCUCUGCCGCAAUCCCAGCCCUCCAAUCGGCAAGCUCCGCACCCAAUCCGACCUCGACUCAAUUGCCGCCCGUCUCGACCAUCACAUCCACGAUGCUGACCUCCUCAUCAAGAGCGGCGUCCUCCUAGAUAACCCCACUGCCUCCGCCUCAUCAAUGACCGUCAUGCGACGAGAGGCAAUUCGAGUCGAGGCCCGCAAUCUUAUCACCCGUUUGCAGAUUGGCAAUUCCGAUUCAAAGAUCACCGCCAUGGAUUCGCUGAUCGCUCUGCUCCGAGACGACGACAAGAACGUCCUCAUCGCUGUCGCACAGGGCGCCGUCCCAGUCCUCGUCCGGCUGCUCGAUUCAAGCUGCUCUGAGAUAAAGGAGAAGGCCGUCUCCGUCAUCGCCCGAAUCUCGACUGUCGAUAGUAGCAAGCACGUCCUUGUUGCCGAGGGCAUCCUGCUUUUGAAUCAUCUCCUCCGGGUUCUCGAAUCCGGAAGUGGGUUCGCCAAAGAGAAGGCAUGUUCUGCCCUCCAGGCGCUGAGCUUCACGAAGGAGAACGCCAGGGCUAUUGGGUCCCGCGGUGGGGUAUCAUCGCUCCUUGAAAUCUGCCAGGGAGGCACGCCGGCGUCGCAGGCAGUUGCAGCUGGCGUGCUAAGGAACCUUGCAGGGGUCCCAGAAAUCCACCAGAAUUUCAUAGACGAAAAUGCAGUCAUUGUCCUGAUCGGACUUGCAGCUUCUGGGACCUUCGCUGCUCAAGAAAAUGCAAUUGGGUGUUUGUGUAAUCUGGUUUCAGAGAACGACGACGAUAGCUUGAAGGUCUUGGUUAUGAAAGAAGGCGGGAUCGAGUGUUUGAAGAACUACUGGGACGGGACUCCGGCUGGCCGGAGCCUUGAAGUGGCCAUUGGGCUGUUGAGGAAUCUGUGUUCUUGCAGAUCGGUCGCUGAUGUACUAGCCUCUGUUGGAUUUGUACCAAGGGCCGUGGGGGCAUUGAAUUGUGGAGCUGUGACUGUGAGGAUCGCCGCAGCGAGGGCUGUUCAUGAAUUGGCCUUCAGCGGGAAGACUCGGAAGGAGAUGGGCGAAUGUGGGUGCAUUUCGAAUUUGGUUAGGAUGCUGGAUGCAAAAGCCAUUGAAGAGAGAGAGGUGGCUGCAAAGGUGUUGUCGUCGGUUCUGUUGUUUGCAGGCAAUAGAAGGAUUUUUCGAAAGGAGGAGAGGGGAGUGGAGAGUGUGGUCCAGCUUCUUGAUCCGACGGUCAGGAAUUUGGAGAAGAAGUACCCCAUUUCAAUCUUGACGUCGGUUUCACAGUCGAAAAAGUGUAGAAAAAGGAUGAUAGCUGCAGGGGCUUGUGUGUUCUUGCAGAAGCUCGCUGAGAUGGAGGUUGAGGGGGCUAAGAAGCUUCUGGAGAACCUUGGCCGGGGUAAGCUAUGGGGUGUGUUUGGUAGAACAUGAUGAUGGAAGAGAUAUUUGGUGCCUUGAGAUGUCUAUCGACGGCGGCAGGGAUUGCCAGGGCUGUUCUGGAUUCUGUUCUAUGGAGGAAGGAGGCCUUCUCUUGGUGUGUAUGUACAGCGAGAAAUGUGAAUGAAGUUGGCACAUGUGUGCAAGAUCUGUGCCAUUAAUCAGGUGCAUCCCACCAUUUUCUGCUCUGUGACAUGAAAUUCAGGCAAUUUCAUUCAUCAGGUGAACCACAUAUGUGUGGAAAAUAGAAGGUUAAAAAGAGAUGGCAGGGUCCAUAUGCAAUGUACGCGUGCAGCCUGCCUGAUUUUCAGGCCAUGCCACAUUCCCAGUGGGACCCACCUGAGAAGUGGUUCCACUUCUCGCACAUGUGCAACAUCAGCACAGGUUCAUGUGCCAUAACUGGAUCUUCAUUUUUAUUUUUAUUUAUAAACAGAUGUUUCUUCUGCAUAAGCAUUGCUAGAAUUAGAUCCUGUUAUAUUACUCUAAUCACCCAACAGAUGUAUAUUUCGCGUUGAAAAUCUCUGCACUACCGGCCUGUCUUCAUAUUAAAUAACUUCCAUAGGUCUUGUUUUCUUCAUUGAAACUUAAAUGAAUAAGGAAUGCCAUUUCUUCUCGUCA